AUGGGCUUUGGCGGCGCGGCGGCCCGGAUGUUCUGCCGCGAGGGAGCCAGGGUCGUGCUGGGUGACAUCAACACCGAGGGCGGUGAACGCACCGCGGAGCAGAUCCGCGCCGCCGGUGGUGAUGCAAUCUUCGUCAAGCUCGACGUGACCCAGGAGCAGGACUGGAUCGACGCUGUGGCCGCCACCGUGGCCGCCUAUGGCACGCUGAACGUCCUGGUGAACAACGCCGGGUCCGGCGCUCGCUACACCGUUGAGGAGACCACCGAAGAGGCCUGGGACAGUCAGAUCGACGUCCACGGCAAGGGAACCUUCCUCGGAACCAAGCACGCCAUCCCCGAAAUGCUCAAGGCGGGCAGCGGCUCCAUCGUCAACAUCUCCUCCAUCUACGGUCUGGUUGGGAGCCCCACCUCCACGGCCUAUCAUGCCGGCAAGGGCGCCAUUCGGCUUUUGACCAAGUCCACCGCCAUCCAGUAUGCCGUGGACAAUAUCCGCGCGAAUUCCAUCCACCCCGGCUACUGCCGGACGCCAUUGACCUCUCGCAGCUACGAGAACGAAAGGCACUUCACCUGGAUCAACGAGCAGAUUCCCAUGGGAAGGGUGGGCAACGCGGACGACAUCGCUUACGGCAUCGUUUUCCUGGCGUCCGACGAGUCGUCCUUCAUGACCGGGUCUGAGCUCGUCAUUGACGGCGGCACCACGGCGCAGUAG